AUGCAAUUCUACCAGAUGUAUGCAUAUCGUUUGAAUGAAAGUAGGAAACGCGUCCUGGCUAAUUGCCAGCGGAAGUGGGAUGACGGUUUCCGUAUUCAAGGAAAGCCGGUUGUACAAAAAGCAAAAGUGCUUGAUAUACAAGCAGGAGAACCAUGUUGGUGCGUUGGAACUAUCUACUGUGAGAUGAAAUAUAAGCCAAACGUGUUAGAGGAGGUUGUGAAUGAUACUUACGGCACGAAGGCUCCGGUGAAAAGUUAUACUGAUCCCGAGGGGACAGACGAGAUAAUGCUAGAAGAUGAAAGCGGACGCGUGCUGCUCGUCGGGGAUAUCAUUACGAGCACGCCCUUUGUCACGGGGACAGUUGUUGGCGUGCUAGGAAUGGAAGCAGAAGCGGGUACGUUUCAGGUUGUGGACAUUUGCUAUCCACAAGCUAUACCUCAAGCGCCUCUGGUUAGAGCUCCAGGCAAGAGUGUUGCGUUAAUAUCCGGGAUUUGUGCAGCCUCAAACGAUCCAAAACUCUCGCUGAAGCUUCGCCUACUGCAAGAUUUGCUUAGCGGUGAUAUCGGGGACACUGGUAGCAUAGCUUCUGUGGCUAGGUUAAUUAUUUGCGGUGAUUCCGUUGGAACCUGCGAAAGUAAUAGUAUAGGUGGUGCAUUAGAUGAACUUGGUUCAUUCAUGGCGAACACACUAACGAGUUUGCCCAUAACUAUUCUGCCCGGUGCCAACGAUCCAAGUGAAAGAAGUCUUCCGCAGCAACCGCUCCAUAAGGCUCUCUUCAAGCAGGCACUGAAACCUUAUUUUGCUGAGGUUAAUAGUGAAGUUUUUGAGUCGGUAACCAACCCCUACUGGUUUGAUCUGGAAGGAAUCCAGGUGUUAGUAUCCAGCGGGCAAAAUGUAGACGACAUGUGCAAAUAUGUUAUACCAUACCUCGGGACAGAACAAUUAAGAGACACCAUAGAACACCGGCUAGAUUUGAUAGAAGCUUCAUUGAAAUGGCAGAAUAUUGCUCCAACAGCACCUGAUACUUUGUGGUGCUAUCCGUAUAAGGAUAAUGAUCCGUUCAUCAUGAAUGAGUGGCCUCAUGUAUAUAUCAUUGGCAACCAACAUGCAUAUGGCUACCGAAAAGUUCUUCUAGAAAAUGAAGUAGAAGUGGUUCUAAUAACACUUCCAAAGUUCAGCUCUUCUGGUCAGUUUGUUAUACUAGAUUUAGACACGCUAAACGCAGAAGUUAUCACUAUCGAUGCUUAG